GCCACAAUCGAACUGCAUACAAACAGUGCGCACUAACUGCAUUUAACGACUUGCAGUUUACUGCUCGCACAUGACAGGUUAAUGUACUGUGGACUUGCGUCGAAAGAAUGCAUAAUAAAUGGCACAUAACUUUGAAUACAAUACUCGUAUUUCGGAGUGGAUUCGAAUCACGCACGGGUGGAGUAGUGUGGCCUUGCGGCCCUUAUCUCAGGUGAGCUCGCGGGGUGACCAGUGAGUGUGAGUCUACUACAGCUCCCGCCGCCGGCUAUCAGCCAUUCACUCGGGCUCCGCGCGCCGCCGCACACUCGUACGCCGCUUUGUUUACAAACUGCAGCCGGCUUCUCGCGCCUUCGCACGCCAACGCUAAACAAACAGUGAUAAUGUACCUCAGUGUCGUGUUAUUAGUGAUCAUCCUCACACUUCUCCUCCUACUCACAGUUUUCCAUUACACCACAAGUGCGAGAAAGUACUGGCUCCAUAGAAAUGUUCCGUACAGGGAGCCGUGCCCCCUGUUCGGGAAUUUCGGUGCAACAUUCACUAUGAAGCGGAGCUACUCCAAAAUGCUGGAGUAUUUUUAUACCAGUUUCCGUCACGAGAAGUUUGUCGGACUGUUCCAGGCGCGGCGGCCGACGCUCAUGUUGAUAGAUCUGGAUGUGAUUAAAAGUGUGAUGUCGACCGAGUUUUCUUGCUUCAACGAUCGUAUAAUGGUGACGACAGAUACGAAGAGAGAGCCGCUGCUGAGGAACCUGGCCAACAUGAGCGGCGCGGAGUGGCGGGCCAUGCGCCACGUCGUCACGCCCACAUUCUCCUCAGCCAAGAUGAAGGCGAUGUUCCCGCUCGUCACGGAGUGCUCGGAAACCCUGAGGCAGGUCCUGCUCCAGCAGCCACUGGACGAGGUAGAUGUGGGCAGCCUCAUGAGCCGCUUCACCACUGACGUCAUCGGUAGCUGCGCGUUUGGAGUAGACCCCGGUUCGUUAAAGGAUCCAAACUCACCUUUCCACAAAAUGUCGCAGAGAAUGUUCAAAACAAGUCGUUCGGCUAUUCUCAAGCGGUACUGUCGGGCGUUCUUCCCAAGAUUAUUUAAACUACUAAACCUCAGAACGUACUCACCUGACGUGGAAGUGUUCUUCACAUCGAUCAUCAGCCAAGUUCUUGAAGAGAGACGCAGAAACAAAACAGAUCGAAAAGACUUCCUGCAGCUAAUGCUGAAUGUUCAAUCUACUGAAAAGGAAGUCACGAUGACUGACGCUCUGAUAACAUCCAACUCGUUUAUAUUCAUGCUGGCGGGUCUGGAGUCGACUGCUACAAACCUAUCGUUUUGCCUGUACGAGCUGGCGAAGAACCAAGAUCUCCAAGCUGCAAUCCGGGAGGAGAUACUCAGUUGUCUAGGGAGCCACGGUGGAUUAUCAUACGAGGCGGUGAGCGCGAUGCGACUGACGACGCAAGCCGUGUUAGAGACCCUGCGGCUGCACCCCUCCAACCCCAUCACGACCCGCAUGUGCACCGCCCCCUGCACCCUCCCCGGCACCCGCCUCACUCUACAGCCGAGGGAAAACAUCCUCAUUCCACUGAUCUGCGUGCAGAGAGAUCCGAGUCUCUUCCCGGAGCCAGACAAAUUCGACCCGGAUCGGUUUAAGGAUGACGUCAGUCCGCCCGGUUUCCUUGCUUUUGGAGAGGGCCCUAGAAGUUGUCCGGCAGGUCGUUUCGCGCAGCUUAUGGCUCUGGCUGGCCUAGCCGCCAUUUUGAGUGAGUUCACCGUCGAGCCGUGUGCGAAGACCACCCCAACAAUAGAAUACGACCCUCGAAGUGUCAUGCUGAAGAACAAAGGCGGGAUCUGGCUACGGUUUUCCAGGCUUAAAAAAACAAGUGCAAAUGUUUAGAUCUUAGUUUAGGUUUUAAUUUAAACAAUUCAAGAUGAUGUGGAUGAUAAAGUGUGAUUGAAAUUAUUUUCUGUUCUAUAUAGACCAGUUAAAUAGGUCGCUUAGGUAUUGAUAGUUAUGGCGAGAUUUUGUACAUUGAAAAAAUGAGCCUUGAUAGGUUCAAUUUAUAUUAGUAGAACCCAUAGUGGUGUAGGAAAUAGCAACCUCUAUCCGAUGAUAGAUAUCCCUAAAUCAUGAAAAAUACUGUGUAAAAGUGAGGCUAGUUAUUUUUAAUAA